GGUUUUCAAAUGAAGCAAAACAAAACGAGUGUGAUUUUAUUUACGUUGUGAUCUUGAUUGCUUAAAAAUGUCCUGUUUGAGCAGUUUUGAUAGCGAGGCUGUUGGUUUUGACUCGGCUUCAGAUGACAAGAAGCCGAUGAGGACGAAUUCCUCACAGACAACCGAGUUUAGUGAGGGAGGGAUGGGUUCACAGACUAAUAUGUCUAAAGAUAUUGGAUGUCUGGCCCAACCGGAAGAUAUAAAACCUACUGAGGCCCAGGAAUAUCCACCGCCAGGCCUAAACGAGUUCCUCAGGAGGGUGGUGCCAGCAAUGAUGGACCAAUUGGACCAAAAUAAUACGGAGUUCCUCAAUAAUUCAUCAGAUUCUGACGAGGAAGAGGUUAUAGGUGCUAGGUUGUUCCAGGAAAUGCAGCUCAGAGACGGAAUCGGGGCCGGCGAUCACGAAACCUCCAUAUUGGGAGUUACUUGGAGCAGCGCUGGCAACUCCCUGGCUGUUUCCAUCGGCCAAUUGCACCAUGAAACUUUCUGUCAGACGUCCGGCAUAAUAAAAGUGUUUACGUUGAAGAGAAGCGAAGAUAAAUUUGUUCAUUCGUUGGAUAUCAGUGAGAAUAAUUGCGUAACUGUUCUCAAGUACCAUCCUAACGUGGCAGCUCUUCUCGCGUAUGGCACAACUUCCGGGGAAGUUGUAUUAUGUAAUUUGAGGAACGGAAGUUUGGAUGAAGGCACCCAAUUGACGUCUCCGGCGGGUUGUCACGGGUCGAGGCGAGUAUCGGCCUUGCAGUGGGCGGACGCGCCGUUAGCUAACAUAUACUUGUUGAUGCAGAUCCAUAAUAAAGGCAAGCGCCGUGGUGCAGCAGAUCAGGUUCUGUUCUCGUCUGGUUGCGACGGGACUCUGAACGCGUGGCAAGUGAACUCUCAUUCUAAAGUUUUCGAAAACAUAAUUUGUUACAAUAUAAACGGCUCCAAAAAGGUUCCGGUGCCAGAUAUAACCUGCUUCGACUUCUUCAAGAGCUACCCGCUGCGAUCAGCGGAGGAAAAGAGUUACAAUGACGUGUUUGUUGUUGGAGCUAGAAGCGGCCAGCUCUUUUUGUGCAAAGUAACGCCCCAAACCGACAGUGACCCGGUCUACGAGGUUCUGCAACCUCAUGGGACGUGCGUCCUGGAUGUGUCGUUCAGUUUCCAAAGACCAGGAAUCUUCGUCUCCAUUUCCACGGAUUCGGAAGUGCGGGUGUACGAUAUCAACCAGAACAGUCCGUUGAGGAUAAUAUGUCUGGAUAUUCCGAUCUGUUGCAUGAGCUGGCUGUGUGGCCCGUGCGUGGUGCUGGGUCUGGCUGGAUGCGACGAGCUGUUGCGUGUUUACAACAUCUGUAGCGGACGGGCGGUGCCUGUCAGCGGUUUGGCGGGAAACGCUACUGUCACUUGCGUCGCUGUCAGCCAGAGCGGUUCCUGUCGCAUCGCGGCCGGAGACGGCAGCGGCGCUCUCCACCUAUACGAACUGCCGUCUCGACGGAUGAGGCUGACGGCCGAGGACUUGGACUUUUGAUUUUAAUAUUAUUAUAAAUAAAACGAGCAUUGAAACCUC